CCUAAAUGCAAUUCAUUCUAGUUGAGGAAACUGACCGCAGUAGUACUGAUUGUUGAUUAUAUAUUUUUAGUAAAAAUCAUGGCUAGAUUUAUAAUUUUGCUUUUUGUAAUCAUUUUCAGUGUUUACUUAACAGAACAAGCAUACUUUUUACAAGAAGAAUACAUCGAAAAUAUUAAUAAUGUUGUAUCAACAUGGAAAGUAAGUUGUAGUAAUAGUACCUAGGUAAAUCAAGUAAUACAUUUACUUUUUAACAAUAAUUGUCAAUUAUAUUUAAUCUCAAUUAAUACCUACUGCAUGGGUAGGCAGUUAAUUACAAUACCUACUAAAUUAAUUAUAUCAAGCAGAAUAACAAAUGUGUAUGUAUUGUAUACAUAUUACAUAUUUUAAUGUUUUGGCACCCUAAACAAAUAAAUUGAAUUAUUUACCUAUACUAAUUUAUUUAUAUAUGAAUGCCGAAUACCGUGCUGGCCCUUAAUUGAUGCUCUACUACUCUCUGCCUUCUCAAACUUAAGUGAAAUAUAUCAUCAAUCCGUUGAUAAAACUUAAACCUUUUAACACUAAAAUGGAUUUGAAUUUAAACUAAUACUCCAUCUAUUUAUGAAAUAUGUAAUAUAGAUUAAUAAUAGUUGACAAUCAAAAAUAGGUUGUCGUUUCUUUCCAAAAUAUAAAGACAAUAUAACGUUUCAAAAUAUAAUAUGGUUCCAAAAAGAUUUUACAUAAGUAAUUUAAUGGAAAAUUCAUUGUGAAAUUUGAAUGAAAGUUUUUUUACAUUUAUAAUUUUAAUUUUAAUCUACUCGUAUAUUUGCUAUAUAAGGUAUGAAUGUAGGUGUAUAAACUACACGCUAAUAAUAUUUGGUUCUCUACUUUGAAUUAAACUGAUUGAAUAAGUGUGAAUUAUAUAAUUAAAAAUCUCUUUGACAGUAUUUUUGUUGUAUAGCUGCCUUUACUAAUAUUUUAAUAAUUUAUAAUUUAAAUAUGUAUACAUAUUCUAUAGGUACACCUAUCUCAUACCUAGAAUAUUAUUAGGUAUUUAUGUAGUUCAUAAAUUAUAUUUAAGUAAGUAGUUAAUAAAAAUUAUUUUUGAAUUAUAAUAUUAUUAUAUUACAUUAUAUUAUUAUGUAUUUAUUACUUAUAAAUUAUUUAUGCGAACUAUAAUCAUUCUUUCAAUCAAGUUUGAUAAAGUUUGUCUUUAAUAAUCCUAAAAAUUGAUGUACCUAUAAUGUUAAAUAUUUAACAUAUAGGCCGGUGUGAAUUUCGAUCCGAAUACAUCAGAAGAACAUCUUAAAAGACUGUUGGGAUCAAAAGGUGUUGUACGAGAUGUCUCCAAAAUUAAAGGCCAACUUAAAACACAUGACCACGCAUACACGCCUAAUAUGAUAAUCCCAAAAUAUUUUGACUCGAGAUUAUUUUGGCGCCAUUGUACAACUAUAGGUGAAGUUCGUGAUCAAGGAAAUUGUGGGUCGUGUUGGGUGAGUACUGAGUUUAUAUUUUAAUAAUAGUAGAAGCACUUCCAAAACAUAUAAUAUUAUUUAUUUUAUUGUAAAAUGUAUAGGCAUUUGGUACUACUGGAGCGUUUUCCGACAGAUUAUGUAUAGCGACCAACGGAGAAUUUAAUCAACUCAUAUCUGCCGAAGAAUUAGCGUUCUGUUGUCAUUUAUGUGGUGACGGGUGUUAUGGAGGUUGGCCGAACAGGGCUUGGACUUAUUUCAAAUACCACGGUGUAGUCACCGGAGGAAAUUACAAUACAACCGAUGUAAAUAACUUUUUGACAUUUUAAUUACUCUAAAACAUUCAAAACAUAUCUCUGUCUACACAUUUGUAGUGUUUAUUAGGAAUGUAUAAUAGUGUAAACAACAUUUUAUAGAAAUCGAAUAAAAUUAAAAAUAAUUUUAAUGAAUAAAUCGGCACAUUUUUAAAUUUAAAAUACACGUUUUAUAACUUGCUUAUUUAUUAUAUAUUUUAGGGAUGUCAGCCUUAUGAAAUACCACCAUUCCACUCUAAUGACGAUGAGGGAACUUCGUACGUUAAAGAAUCAAAUGAACCGCGAUGCUCCAAAACUUGUUACGGAGACCAAUCGAUUGAUUUCAAGAGUGAUCACAGGAAAAGUAAUUAAAUAUUCGUACUAAGUUAUAAUAGUUAAAACGAAUAAUUUAUUAUUACGUUUAUAAUAUUUUGUCUGUAAUUAUAGCUAGAGACGCAUAUAAUCUGGCUUAUGAAACUAUUCAAAAAGACAUAAUAGUCUACGGACCGAUUGAAGCAUCGUUUGAUGUAUACGAUGAUUUUUUUAAUUACAAAAGCGGUUAGUUUACUAAUACAAUAUUAAGAGUAAAAUGUCCAUUUAUAAUAUAUAUUUUAAGAAUAUUCUCUUUUCGACAGGAGUUUACAUAAAGAGCGAAAACGCAACAUAUAUAGGAGGACAUGCAGUCAAAUUGAUCGGAUGGGGUGUUGAGCAUGGUGUAGAUUACUGGCUAUUGGUUAAUUCAUGGGGUUAUAAAUGGGGAAACAAUGGACUCUUCAAAAUUCGCAGAGGUACAAAUGAAUGCGGUAUCGACGAUUCUACUACCGGAGGUGUUCCUGUCGUCUAAAAACAUCGAAUUAUUGUUUAUUAUAUUUGUUUUGUCAAUAUAAAUGUUGACAAUUUUUAAUGUAAAACAAAUUAUGUUUGUAUUUAAGCAGUUGUAUAAAAUACUAGUUGUUAGAAUGUAUUUAUAUUCAUUAUGAAUUAAACGUUCAUUUACAAAAAUUGUUAUUAUAAAAUAUAAUAUAAUAUACUUAAUUGUGUAUCUACAAUUGCUUAUUCUACAUCAUACACUUACAAUAAUAUUUUAGGUACCUAUUAAUUAGUUUAAAACAUUUUAAUAGAUUGGUAACUUAAUACUUACUAUUUUAUUGAUAUUUACAAGAUGUUGUUUUGCGUUAAAUAGUGGAGAAGCACGAACAAAAGAAAUAGAUAGAAGUAUGUGUUUAAAAAUCACCCCCUCACCACACAUAAACCAUUUACCAUAUUUAAAUAAACAGUUAUGUAAGCAUCUUAUAUACUAACUAUAAUUUUGUUUUGUUAAAGCUCAAUUAUUAUUUGUUUUAAAAUAUCAAUAUAUAUACAUAUAUAUGUUUAGUUAGUUUGUUGUUAAAAUAUACUAACAAUGUUUUACUUGCAUUAAACCUAC